CUUCAACAUUAGUAAAAUAGGCCUUCCUAAUUGGGCUCACCAAUCACAAUGUGGCCUCUUUCGAUGGAACGGUGUCGUUUUGGACGUGCCAAUUGUGCUUUACCAGAGUGAUCAAUUCCCAGAAGAAGAAGAAGAAGACACUCCUCCAAUGGCGCCUCAGCUUCUCUCCUCCAGUAACUUCAAAUCUCUCUUUGACUCUGUCGAUACGUUCCUCUUCGACUGCGAUGGUGUUAUAUGGAAGGGUGAAACGCUCAUCGAUGGCGUCUCCCAAACUCUCGACCUUAUCCGUUCUAAGGGUAAAAAUGUUGUCUUUGUGACCAACAAUUCCGUAAAAUCGAGGAGGCAAUACGCUGAAAAGUUCCGAUCUUUGGGUGUCACUUCUAUUACUCAGGAUGAGAUCUUCUCUUCGUCAUUUGCGGCAGCUAUGUAUCUCAAAGUCAAUAACUUUCCUAAGGACAAGAAGGUUUAUGUGAUUGGUGGAGAGGGUGUUCUUGAGGAGCUGCAGAUUGCCGGUUUUACAGGUCUUGGUGGUCCUGAAGAUGGUGAAAAGAAGGCACAAUGGAAAUCAAACUCUCUCUUUGAACAUGAUAAAAGUGUGGGAGCAGUUGUAGUUGGACUAGACCCCAACAUUAACUACUAUAAGCUUCAGUACGGGACUCUCUGUGUACGCGAGAAUCCGGGAUGUCUCUUCAUUGCGACCAACCGUGAUGCAGUAGGACAUAUGACGGAUCUGCAAGAGUGGCCUGGUAUGGUCACUAGACUCUUAGGCCUCAUUGCCCAGAAUAGCAGCUUGGUUGUCACAGCAUCAAAUUCUUACUCGUAAUUCUAGGUGCUGGGUGUAUGGUUGCUGCCAUGUGUGGAUCGACUGAAAGAGAACCAAUAGUUGUUGGGAAACCAUCUACUUUCAUGAUGGACUUUCUGCUACAAAAAUUUGGGACGGAAACGUCAAGAAUGUGCAUGGUAGGUGAUAGGCUAGAUACUGAUAUCUUGUUUGGGCAGAAUGCUGGCUGCAAAACUCUCCUCGUCCUAACAGGGGUGACAAGUGAAUCUAAUCUACUAGAUAAGGGCAACAAGAUAGAACCAGACUAUUACACAAGCACAGUCUCUGAUAUCAUAAAACUGAUGGAGUCCCCCUAGUAAGUAAGGGCAUCAUCAUUCAUCAUCUUGCUUUACACUUUGGAACAGUGAUUUACGUCCUGUUGCAAGAUGAAAUUUUUCUGAUUCUUUGUCUUGGUUAGUAAUCUGAUGAAGCAUCAGAAAACAUGAUUUCAUUUUGUUAUGUUGCUGAAUAAAGGAUUUGAGAAGUCGAUGAAGAGUUGAAAGAAUGGUAAUAAGCAAAUAGUAAGAUUAUCAUGGGGAAAGUCCAAAAGCACAGGCUGGUUCCAUUGUUUAUUACUAGUAUUAGCCUUUAUAGCCCUGCUUAGUCCAGAAACAUGUGAUGCGUAUUGAUAAUAGAAACCAAAAAUGUAAAUCGAGGAACACAGAGCUCUCGACUUAAGUUAAUAAAAAAAGGUUCCAAUCCAAACGGCAUGUGAUGUGAUUGUCAGCGAAUAUUCCGCUCCCCUGCAAGUGAUGAUGAAACUCAUCUUCACUUUGGAUGUUUCUGCUGUGUCUUUGCAAAGGAACAUAAUGAGGGAAGAGAGUACAAAUCAAAUACUUGUCCUAAUAUUUGCUUUUAGCAUGCCUUGUUCUCUCUUUCUUCUCAAAGCCAUUGAUGCUUUACUAACACAGAUGUCUAGUUUGUCUGCACCGUGAAAUUAAAACAUAAUCUAUCAUCAUUUGCAUAACAUUUGUCUUUUCUAAGAAAUUCAGGAAUUAACUAUUCUUUCUCACUUUUUUUUUUUUUUUUUUGU